CUGAAUGACGCUUUGUGUUCUGUACAAUAGUGAAUGGCAGCGGUUGUCCUGAGGGGACGCGUUUAAAAAAACUCAAAGUUUGGAAAUACGGACGAAAUUUCACCAGUUAGGAUGUCUGCUGGCCAUUGCUUUCUGCUGUGAUCAGCACAUUCAACUUCCGAAAUUAUUCAGUCUGCUGUGAUUUGGAGGUAUCUCAGAAAUGAGGGUUGUGGAGCCACCUGGAGCUGUGAGGAGAUGUCUGGACCUUCCUCCAAGCUCGACAGUCCGCAGGGUGGAGAUGGAACGUGGGAGGGCUGGAUAUGGAUUCACCAUGGCUGGCCAGGCUCCCUGCAUCUUGAGAGGAAUUAUGAAGGGGAGCCCUGCUUAUAGUGUUGGACUGAGACCUGGUGACUACAUUUUGAGUGUGAAUGGAACGGAUGUGUCUAAGGCCUCACAUGACAAUGUGGUGGAGCUCAUUGGCUCGUCUUCACGUUCACUUUGUUUGCUUGUCACAUCAGCUGACGAGCCGUUCGUUGAGUCUGGCUCUAGUGACGAGGAGCUGGCGUUUCAGAUAAAUCAGACACAGACAUGGCUAAAUCCUGGAAAGAUGGAUUCCAGUACCUUUGAGAAACCACAUGAGAAAAGUAUGCGUGAGCCAUUGAUGCAAUCAGUGGGAAGUUUUGAUACUGUUUUUGAGAUUUCAGGCCAAACGUCUGUUAAUUCCUAUUCCAAAAAGGAGUCUAAGCAGAGACCCAUGUCUGAACCAGAUAUGUCUUACUGGGGUCAUCAAAGUCAAUCCAAAUGCAGCCACCCCCAUGCCAUUGGUAUGGAGGAGCCAACUCGUGUUAUGAGUAAGGAUUCAGUCUUUUCUGACUUUCAGUGUCAGAAUAAUAUUUUGCCUGACUCCAGUGCCCUCAAUGUGGAAAUGGUGGUCGGUUACAUAAGCUCCAUGGAACUGGAUCUAGUGACUUCACGCUCUGAAGAAAGCACCAUACAAACAAUUCGGAGCUGCAUCAGCCGAAUUGGAAUUGAGCAGAAAACCCACUCGCUGGUGAUGAUGAGAAUCAAAUGCAAUUGCGUGCAGCUUUGUGAUGACAGGGAUGUGGCUUUGGCCACAUAUCCUGCAGAGAACCUGGCUUUGUGUGUAAUAUGCUCUGAAGACAAUAGAUUCUUCUGUUUUCUCUCAAUGGAUGGAACUAAAACUGACAAAAACAAAGCAGAAGAAAGCACCUGUCUGAAGACAUUGUGCCACGUAUUCUUUAUAGACCCAGAAUUGUACGAUCACAAAGAGCACCAAAAUAUCACUGAGCACUUUGGCUUCUCGUGCACUCCUGAUCCUGACACCCAGGGAUGCUUGGAGUUUCCUCAGACUCCAUACUCCAUUGUGCAGUUUGUGUCCGUCCUCUACACUGACAUGGGAGACUAUGUUGAGAAGUUGAGACUUAAACUGGACAGUGAGGAUGCUGAUGAAAGUGAUAGAAACACCCGAAACAGUGGUAGCGGUGACAGCGGGAUUAGCAACGUGUCUCCAGAAGAUCACGAAAGCCUGGCUGACCGAUGGAGUCUCCCCUCUCCAAACUCUUCUGGUCAUCUUUGGGAUAAACCUCCUCCGUACUCUUCCAGAGAAAGGAAUGGAAAAUCUCUUAAGGUAGAACGUAGGUGCCUCCUUUCAGAGCCAUUUCCAGCCCCUGCUGUACCUGUGAGUCCACAAACAGGUGCUACUACCAAGCCAGAGGGCUCAGGCUGUGCACCAGUGCCAACUCUGUCCCCAGUCAAACAAACAAAUGUGCCUGAAAAUCCAUCCAAACGCAGGGGCAGUCAGCGCUGGCCCUCUGUUGCCAUCCGAUCACGCUGGCAGAAACCUCGGCCUAAUAGCAUUGAAAGCUUGGCAGACACUGAUUCCAAUGGACUCAAGGACAAAAACGGCACUUUGCCACCUGCCAUGGAAAAAAUCCCUACGCUGAGAUACAGAACGCCAGGGGACCUUGAAGGGCCUCAGCACAGCCUGACUCGGAAACUCUUCAGCAGUGGUUCUAAAAAUAAGAAUGGGGAUAACAAGGGUUCCAGGUUUUGGGGUCUCACUAGAGGACGCUCUUCUGUUCGGCGAACAGCAGCUCAGGCCAAGAGACUCAGUCUGGCUCGUUCACUGGAUGACCUUGAGUCGGCUGCGUCGGACGCUGAGCGAGGUGGUAUGGAGCGGCAUGACUGUGGAAGUGUCAGCAGUUUGGAGAGUAACGGCAGCCUGCCCAGCGUCCCCAACCACCACCGGCUCUUAGACCGCCGAGUCGCCUCGUGGGCCGUUUGCUUCGAGCGCCUGCUUCAGGACCCUGUGGGUGUUCGUUACUUCUCUGAGUUUCUGAAAAAGGAGUUCAGUGAGGAGAAUAUCCUGUUCUGGCAGGCGUGUGAAAUCUUCAGCCAAGUUCCUGAAAAUGACAAGAAGCAGCUCUCCCAGAAGGCCAGAGAGAUCUACAACAGCUUUCUGUCCAGUAAGGCCACUACUCCAGUGAACAUUGACAGCCAGGCCCAGCUUGCAGAUGAUGUCCUCACUGCUCCACGGCCGGAUAUGUUCAGACAGCCACAGCUACAGAUAUUCAACCUCAUGAAGUUCGACAGCUACGCCCGUUUUCUGAAGUCCUCUCUAUAUCAGGAGUGUAUGCUGGCUGAGGUGGAGGGACGACCCCUUCCUGACCCUUACCAGGUGCCCUGCAGCCCUGCCCCCUCCAAGCACAGCUUCAACUCCGACCGCUCUGCUUUCUCCACACCAAAAAAGGACUCUCGCAGAGCAAGGACAGGCAGGUCAAAUGAUGACCUGAGAGAGGAUGCAGACAGGAAAAAUGGAAUUUUCUCCUGGUACAGAAACCGAAGCUUUGGUAAAGGACCGAAGAAAAGAGAAAUCACAGAUUUCACUUUCAGCAGUAAUGGACGGAGGGAGUCUCAGGGGUCUCUGUCCUCUAGUGCCAGUCAGGAGCUCAAUACGUCCCCAGGGAGGAAUGAGUUUGAUCAGAAGACCCCUGGCUCUACAUUGGAGAGGGACAGAGAGAGGUUGAGCCGAUCGUGCGCAGUAACGCUUCCUGAUGCCUCCAGCUGCUGCGUUCCUCUGAGGCAGGGGGCUUCCAUCAGACAGGUGUUGCUGGAGCUGUGCCAGAAACAACACAUCAACCUGGCCGCUGUCGACCUCUUCCUUGUUGGAGGAGAGAAGCCACUGGUGUUGGACCAAGACAGCAUGACUCUCAGCUGCAGAGAGCUUCGUCUGGAGAAGCGUACUUUAUUCAGACUGGAUCUGGUGCCCAUUAACCGAUCAGUGGGCCUGAAGGCCAAGCCCACCAAACCCGUCGCCGAGGUCCUGCGCCCUGUGGUUGCCAAGUACGGCCUCCGCCUUAGCGACCUGGUGGCCAGAAUAAGUGGAGAAACAGAGGCGCUUGAUCUGGGACUGCCCAUAUCAAACCUUGACGGCCUACGUGUAGUUCUAGAGAGGGCUGAUCCAAGCUCUUCGUCCAAAGACAAGUCUAAGACGACCCCCUCCAAAACCCAGGUGCCAGCACUGAACAACAAGAGUCAGUCAACACCGGGGGAUCAAACAUCACAAGGUAAAGCUGCUGUAAGAGGCGAGGGAGGAAAUAAGCUUCCCAUAACAGAAGCAUCACAAAAGAGGAAAGGCAAGAAGAUUCAUCUGGAUGAAGCUGAAGAGUUCUUCGAGCUGCUGAGUCGUGCUCAGAGCAGCCGUGCUGACGAUCAGAGAGGCCUGCUGAGGAAAGAGGAUCUGGUGCUGCCCGACUUCCUGCGCCUAGACCCCGAAUCCAGCCACCCGCCGGCCUGCUCCACCCCCACCUCCCAAAAACCCGGCCACGCCACCAACAAACCCCAACCCAUCGCCUCCAACGGACACCCCCCAAGACCCACUGAGCCCACGCCCUUCACCCCUCCCCUCUCCCCCAUCCUACGGCCAGCGCACCAGUCCCAGCUGCAGGACGGGGAAGCGUUGGGUGACCUGACACUGGUAGGGGAGGGAGACAUCACCAGCCCAAACUCUACCCUACUGCCCCCCUCCCCCCUGCCCCCACCCCCACACGAAGUCAGCUUGCCCGAGGCCAACUUCACCCCGCCGCCGCCCUGCGCCCGCAGCCACCCCAGCUCAGGUGCAAAGGAUAAUGAUGGUGAAGCCUGUACUCCUACCAGCCACAACCAGGGGGCACUACAUCCCCCUCUCCCAGCCCAGGAAGCCUCAUUACAGACUCCAGACAGAAGGAAGGCUGUGGAUGGGGUCAGCAUGGAGGACAGCUUUGAGGGCUACGCAGCAGAGCUCCGUCAGUGCCAGAGUAAAAUGAGGAGCAGCACUUACCCUGCCAUGGACCCUGCACGACCCCUCAGCAGCCUGUCAGAAAACAAUAACACCAUACAGUACAAAGCCACGUUUGUAUGAAAUCUGGUGUUCAGCUGUGUAAUGGAGUUCUCUCAGAAAAUCUCUAAAACACAAACCAACUUUUCCAGAGCAAGGGAAAGACACUGUACAGAUGCACCUAUUUGACUACAUUUCAUAACUUAUUAAAUGAAAUAAUUUGGGCCUAGGGUUAUAGACCAAGUGCAUCAGCAAUAAUUACAGGCAUCAGAACAAUUCACAGCUGCGGUUGCCACUUUUGAUGUAUAUGAACUGUAAAUAAUUAACUAAAACAAUGAAUGUUUUGAAAAUAAAAAGUGAUUCUUUUCAACCACUCUGUU